AUGGCGACUGAGGCGCUGAAUGAAGGGGAGGUGCCAGCUCGCGAGUCCGGGCGGAGUGAUGCCAUCUGCAAUUUUGUUAUCUGCAAUGACUCUUCCCUUCGAGGUCAGCCCAUUAUCUUCAAUCCUGACUUUUUUGUCGAAAAACUCCGUCAUGAGAAACCUGAGGUGUUCACUGAGUUGGUGGUCAGCAAUAUCACAAGGCUCAUUGAUUUACCUGGAACUGAAUUGGCUCAGCUGAUGGGAGAAGUGGAACUUAAGUUGCCUGGUGGAGCUGGCCCAGCGACAGGAUUCUUCCGGUCUCUGAUGUCUGUCAAGCGAAAGGAAAAAGGAGUAGUAUUUGGAUCCCCACUGACAGAGGAAGGCAUUGCUCAGAUAUACCAGCUAAUUGAAUAUCUACACAAAAACUUACGAGUGGAAGGUUUGUUUAGAAUACCAGGGAAUAGUGUCCGGCAGCAGAUUUUAAGGGAUGCUCUCAAUAAUGGAACUGAUAUUGAUUUGGAAUCAGGGGAGUUUCACUCCAAUGACGUUGCUACCUUGCUGAAGAUGUUUCUAGGAGAGUUACCUGAGCCCCUGCUGACCCAUAAACAUUUCCAUGCACACCUCAAAAUUGCUGAUUUGAUGCAGUUUGAUGAUAAAGGAAACAAGACCGAUAGACCAGAUAAGGAGCGGCAAAUUGAAGCUCUUCAGUUGCUCUUCCUCAUUCUCCCUCCACCCAAUCGUAACUUGCUGAAGUUAUUGCUCGAUCUCCUGUACCAGACAGCAAAGAAACAAGACAAGAAUAAGAUGUCUGCCUAUAACCUUGCCCUUAUGUUUGCACCCCAUGUCCUGUGGCCAAAAAAUGUCACUGCAAAUGACCUUCAAGAGAAUAUCACGAAGUUAAACAGUGGGAUGGCUUUUAUGAUUAAACACUCCCAGAAACUUUUUAAGGCUCCUGCUUACAUUCGGGAAUGUGCCAGAUUGCACUAUUUGAGCUCCAGAACUCAAGCAUCAAAGGAUGAUCUUGAUCUGACACCUUCGUGUCAUUCUAAGUCCUUCCAACUGGCAAAAUCUCAGAAACGGAGCCGGAUGGAUUCCUGCUCUCAUCAGGAGACCCAGCAGCGGACGGAAGAGGCACUGAGAGAGCUGUUCCAACACGUUCACAAUAUGCCCGAAUCAGCAAAGAAGAAGCAGCUUAUCAGACAGUUUAAUAAGCAAUCUGUGACCCUAACACCAGGGCAAGAACCUUCUACUCCCCGGGUACAGAAGAGGGCCCGUUCACGUUCCUUCAGUGGCCUAAUUAAGCGGAAGGUCUUGGGAAGUCAGAUGAUGUCAGAAAGGAAGAACAAGGCCCCUACGCCGGAAUCUCCAACCAUUGGUGAAUUGAAGAGAGCCAGCAAAGAGAAUAUGAAGUUAUUUUCUGGAUCUCCAGAUGGCACGAUGACACCAACAAGAUUGAAAUGGCCUGAGGGGAAGAAAGAGGGGAAAAAAGGCUUCCUCUGAAGGACCCAGAAUUCUCCGGCUGUCCACCAGAGCUUUCUCUGCGAUGCGCCAGGUGUCACUCCGUUUGCAGAGAAGCGGGGACUUGCAGCUUGCUGCUGCAUUUUUGAAUUGAGAAAGUUACUAAUCCUAUAACUCGACUGAUACCUCUAACUCCACUCACUGGGUGUUUCUGCAAAUUCUGCCUUCUGAACCAGUGCCAGCAGCUCUUUUUUUUAAAAUUAAUAUUAUGGGGAAACCACUAACCAGCCAACCGGCUUAUACAGCUCAGUGAAUGGGCAGAACUAGGCAGACUCCAGUGCUCAUUUCAUGUAUUUGUUUAGGCACAGUCUGUUUUUAAAAAUAGGAGAUUUGUGCUCAACUGCCAGUGUUUUUUUUUUUUUAAGUUCUGUCAUCCCAGUGGAUUGAUGUUAUUUUUAACAGAUGUUUUGGACUUUUCUCUGUUUUGAUAGU